AUGGCAUUGUACGACUGUUUGAAUAAUUUGGCUUCCAAUCUUCCAAAUGAUGAACAAGUUACUUAUUUUGACAAGACGUUUUUCGAUGAACCAAGUCGUGGUGUAGAAACAAUCAUAUCACAGUACCUUUCCUUAGAUGCCAGUUCUCAGAAAUCUGAUUAUGUGUAUGAUUUGUUUCUGGAAGCUUUUUCCUUAAUCAAUGGGAAAUCUGAUGAAUCGGAGUUUUUAAAUUUGGAUGCUAUCAGCAAAAUAGUUAGUGCGUUAUGCAACGAGGAUAGAUAUAACUUCGAGCUAUUUGUUUCGUUAGCGAAUUCAUACCCUUGGGAGGCGAACAAUGGGUUUAAUGAUUUAGUUGGGUGUGCCAAGGAUCUUCAGUUAGAGGUGUGUAUUUAUUUGAACGACCAAAUUCUUUCAAAGGGUACAGAAAGAUGGUCCAAAGAUUUUUGGUCCGCAUUCAAAAAGAGCAUCGUUCCCGAGUUCUUCCUUUUGCAAAAACCAAAUUUAUUCCUAGAAUGCUCUACUGGUUUCAGUCAACUGAUAACGUUGUUGAAUAUCGCUUUUGAAGAUGUUGACAAAUUCCAAUCUGUUCAAUAUUACAGUAAACAGUUGAAAUAUAUUAUGGGGAAAUAUAAGCUAGACCCAAUCAGGUGCAUGGAUAUACUAUUACAAGUGUCUUCAUAUCAUGUCGUACACCAUUUUGAGUUUAUUCUUGAGCUUUUGCAAUCUACAGACUACUGGCCAUCUUCGAAUUUGGCCAACUGCUCACGGUAUGAACAAUUGAACCAAGGUGGUAAUCCGAUAGCUACCAGGUUGAUAGUAAAUUACCUUAAUAAUGGUAAACCAGAUGCAAAUUACAUCGAUUUAGUGGUUCAUCUAAUUAAAGGCGGGUUUGUCUCUUUUGCUGCUAUAUUCGAUUGCCUGACCCCGUACGAUACUGACAUUGAUGAGUUUGUAGAGAGGAAGCUGACGACAUUGGAAAAGGAAUCCUUGGAGGGAUCUCUUAAUCCGUUAGCUAUGGCCUCCGUCCUUACUGACGAAGACAAUACCAUUUCGAAAAAUACGGAAGGUGAUAAAACCAAUACAGCGGCAGAUACUGGGAUAUCGGAGAAGGAAAAAGAAGCACUACUUCGAGAAACUGUUGAAAAAUCACCAAAAUGGAAACUAGUAGAGAGGUUACUUGUCAAUGGGCACUUUGUUCCAGGAUUGUAUGCUCUAUUCAAAUAUCCUCGGUUCUUUGCCGUGAACGAUAGUCUCGUGAAAUCUCUUCUCGAGGUGUUUGACAACAUGAUCGAACCCUUGACUGUAAAGUUGAGCCCUUCAGCUAUUUCAGAACAUUGUCGACCUCUUUUGAAGUUAUCUCACAAUGGAAUUCCUACUAAACAAGAUCGGUUGAUCAGGCAAUAUAGGUCUUUGGGGAAAGACUACAAAUACAUUCAAGGGACAGAAUUUGUAUUUUACAAUAAAGACUGGCGACAGAAUUUGACUCCAAUUGAAACGAUAGAGAAUCUCGUUCAUUAUUCACAUCUAAUAUUUGAAAGCAUCGGUCCACGUAUUAUUCUUAAUGCUAAACUUGUUGAACAUAUAUGCGCCAUAGCUGAAAAAAAUAUUCUAGAUAACCUAGAAGAUGAAACGGUUAUGGAUUUAUGGAUUAAUUACUGCAGAAAGUUUAUGCUACCAGUAUUAGGACUAGUCGAAGAUGAGCAGUUUGUUGCAAAUGCAAUUUAUUCGGUUAUGAAGCACUUCCCAUUCGAAAGAAGAUACUUCAUGUACCAUGAAUUAAGUACAAAGAUUGCUGAAGACAACAUACAUGUCAGGUUACAAUUUAAUAAGUACCAAAAGCGGAUAAGGUCACUUUUAAAAUCUUUGAGUAUUGACAACAUUGCAUUUAAGUGCAGGGAUGUUGCUAACUUCGUGUCCUGCAAUCCUCUUUCAACUCUAGACUCUAUCCUAAAACAAAUAGAAAAUUAUGAUAAAGUCUCUGAACUAAUCGUCAUAAGUGCCGAAUUUUUCUCAGAAUUCGCUUACGAUGUUUUACAGUAUACGUUAUUAAUUAAGCUCACAUCGGAAAGGCCAACUUUACAAGAUGAUGGUAUUACUCCCAAAAUGUGGAUUAGCAGAUUAUCUUUGUUCAUUGCGGGUCUUGCUAAAGGCUGUUCUAAAAUGAGUAUGUCCAACAUAUUCGUGUUUUUGGUCAAAAAUCUUUACAAGGAUCCAUCGCUUACCCUGGCUAUUUUGAAGGAGUUAAUCUCCCAAGUUGCAGGAAUACAAACGUUGUAUGAUGUAAAUUGGAACACUUUGCUAAUGAUAAGCUCAGGAUCCUUUUUAAAACAAAUCGGUAGAAAUCUUAUCUUGGAUUUCAGAGAUAAGUAUUAUCAACCUUCAAAAACUAUUGUCAAUUACUUGUUAGAGCUUAAUGCAGUGUCAGAAAUGAUUAUCAUGCUCACAAAUUUGAAUCUUAAGAUUCAAACCGAUAAUAACGUUCAUUAUAAAAUCUUAUCAGCGAAAUGCGAUGAAUCCAAUGCAUUACUUUGGUCAUUUAUUGAAAUGUUAAAGCACAUUUUGACUGAAGAACAAUUCAAAGCCAAUAUUCUACCUUUCAACGUUUUAAUUGAGAAAUAUCAAUUUCCUGUUGAGUGGGCGUUUGAUAUCUGGAGGCAUUAUUUCGAUACAAAGCUGGCGAGAUCUGAAAAUGAUGCUGAUGAAAUCAACGAAAUUCUAUAUGAGACUGAUUUCAAAGGCAUCAAUUUUGAAAAUAUUGAUAAACGUCUAUUCAUUGAUUUCUGGCGGUUAUCCUUAUAUGAUAUUAGAUUAGAAGAAGAUUUGUACACGAAGCAGAAAAUCAUUUACGAAGACAAGAGAAAGGCUGCUAAAGUUUUGAAAGAGAGGCAUAGUUUAUUAAGCACAAUACAGACAGUCAAAUUUGAUCUAUCUCAGCAUGCAAGCGUUUUUGAAAAGACAAAGAACAUGAUUAAAAUGAACAAGGAGACAUGGUUCCCCGAAUUCUCCCGUGAGCGUAUUACCUCAUUUUUGCAACACUGCGUUGUUCCUAGACUCAUUUUUUCACCAUUUGAUGCCAUAUUUUGCGCAACUUUCAUUACUGAAACAUUUAAUAUCGAAGAAGUAAUUGAUAUCUUAGGGCAAUUCACAUCCUCAAACAUUUUAGGAACCUUACUAUUUUCUUCUACGGUAAAUGAAUCGAGCAACAUCGCUACGUUUUUGAAGGACAUUAUUACCAAAAUCGAAAAUUGGAGACAUACUACAUUAUUGGAUGAUGACAAAAUUAAACCUGUAAUAUAUGACCUCUACUAUCAAUUAACAGAACAAUUAUCAUUUACCUUAGAGGAUUCCAAUUACAUGUCCAUUAGAAACACAAUCCAGUUUUUAAAUGCUAUAAGCGAAAUCUUCCCUGUCGUUGAUGAACAUUUGGAAUUGGUUUUAGACACUUUGGAUCAUUUAAUUGAACACGAGCAAAGGGAGGAUAUCAUUUUGCCAUCAAACGCUUUGAAAGGACACUUAAAGGCUAGACUUAAGAACGCCUCUAAGACAUCGGAUUUCCGUGAAGUUUCAGCGGAAGAACAGCAACAACUGCAAGACGAGAUGAAUCUCAUCAAAAGGUACCAAGAUAUGAAGGAAGCUGCAAAAGCAGAGCAAAGUAGAAAGGAAGAAGCAGAAUUGAAAGAAAAGGAAAGGGAAAAGGCAAAACAACAGGAUGCUGAGAACGGUGCUGCAACAUCUUCACUUACCGCACCAUCCAUGUCGUCCAUAUCCAACAAUUCUCCAUCUCCAUCGCAAGUCAUGGAUGGCUUUUAUAAGAUCGAGAAGUACAUUAAGGAUGCUGAGUACACCAGAGCCAUUCCCUUGAUAUACGAUUCUAACACUCAGAGUGAUUUUAGAAAAUUGAUAAAAGCUCCAGGCAACAUCUCUGGAUUUAGAAACAAAUUGAAGAUAUUGUUCGAGGACUAUUACCACCGAGUCACUAGUAAUCCACCUGAUCACUACAGAUCUGUCUUUGAAAAUUUUAUUCAAAGAUGCAAAUCUGCUCCUUUGCCUCAAACCAAGACACCUGGAAGUAUGUAUGAAGAUGAAGUAGUACCUGUUAAACCUUCAUCGAAGUACAGUGGUGAAAGAUGGAACUCCAACACUUCCAGUAACCGUCCAAUACCUAGUGAACCAAGAAAGGCAGCUUCUUCUCGUUAUCAACAUGGUAUAGCCUCAACAACUCUGCCAAGAGCACCAGCCAACGCGUCUAAGCCUCCGGAUACUUCCUCAAGACCAUCUGGUCCUGCAAGCUCAGGUUCAUCUAGCAGAUUCCAAAACACAUUACCAUCUGGCCCAAGAAAAGAUUCGUCUAGCAACAGAAGUAUCAGCAAUUCAAACACAUCACAGCUUCCUAGCAGACCAUUCAAUCAAGGGAAGAAAUUCGUUAAUACUCCCUCCGAACCACGAAAGAGGCAAUCUGAUGAAUCUUACCAAAGUUCAAGCAGAUUCUCAAACGUUAAAAAGCCUAAGUUGAACGAUCGUUCUACAAAUAACCAAUCGCCAUUACCAUCUGGUCCAAAAAGACAAUCUGGAGGAUCGAGAUAUUCGAGGUGA